AUGUUGGAUGUGCAAUUCAGGCAUCUAAGAAGUGCAGUUACUUACCUUGGGUUAGGUUUACGAGGUUUUCACUCUUCUGAAGGCCUUUUCAAUUCAAAUUUGAGAGGAUAUUUGCGAAGUGGAACUACAAAAUACAGAAAACAGAAAGCAGACAGAACAACUAAAGAUGGAGUAGCAAAACAACCCUCUAGGUUGUUAAAGUACGAUCCGAAUGCCCAAAUUGCGGAUUUCACAACUUUUGGAGUGUUUCCAUUUUUGCAGAAGAAAUUGAACGAUUUUCUUUUGCCAGAAACUCAGAAGACAAAUGCAAUCCCCGAUUUCAACGCUUCUCCUACUCCAGACCAGAAGAGGAUUCUUUCCGUUCUUAAAAGUGGCCACAACUUGCUAAUAAACGGAGGCUUUCAAACCGGCAAAUCUAUUGCAAUGUUGACAUAUUGUAUCGAACAGACUCUUUCAACUACCCCAGCAUUUGAUCAUCAUAAUAGACCGGACAGAGUUCAAAGUUUGAUUAUCGUCCCCACAGAUGAACUAGUCAACAGGUACGCUACAUAUACAAGGUAUCUUUUGAAGGAUAUCCCUCCCAAUUGCUGUCCCAAGCGUUUAGUAGCUUCUUCGAGUAGCCAAAGAAAAACUGUCUACACUCUUGAAAGAGGGCCCAUGAAUCUUGCGUUUCUCUCCCACGACAGCAAACCACAAUUUUAUAGUACUAAUGUAGACAGUCACAAUGUCGGAGUUCCAAACAUAGUAGUUACUACUGCUGCCCUGUUGGAAAAAGCCAUCCAGGGUCAGUUAAAUUUGGAACCAAGCGCUCUUCAAGAUCUCAAAUUUAUUGGUGUUGACGAACUUGAUAUCUUUCUUCUGACAACUAGUAUCGGCGAGUGGGAUGUCGUAGUUCAGGAAGGAAACAAGAAUAAGUAUGUUAACAAGAUCGAGAAGAUGAUUCAGAAGUUGAAGUCGGAUCUGAUAUCGUGUUAUUCAGAUAGCCUCACGAACGAUCUUGAACGAGUUGAAAAGAAGCAUUACUUUAAGAUGUCAUCUGAAUCUUCUUUUAACUAUUCAGAAAUAGUCAUAAAUAACAGAAUUGACGAUGUGAAAAGUUUCAUUGCUAAUGAAUUUAAAGGUACCUCGAAACCAGAUCUGUCGUUGCUCAAAAAGCUUAUCAAAUUGAAGAGAAAGAACUUGUACAAACCAAUCCAGUACUGUUUCCUCAAUAGUGCCAAAUCAAAUCAAGCAUACAAUUUCGGAAAUCUUCCAUCGCUUUCAAAGCCUGAAGAUAAUGACCUUUUGAUCUCAUUCGUAGAUAAAGCUUUAAGGCUCACGAAUUCUCAGAAAAAGUGGAAGGAAAAUGAAAGGCGUCUAUUUCAAGUAGAAAAUUUCAGUAUCCCUAACAAUGCGAUAUUGGACAACUCUGGCAAGACAGUCUUUGGAGGAAUUAUAAAUGCUUACAUAUUAAAUUCUUCGAAGUCUAAAGUUAAAGAUGUGCAACUUGAAAAUGAAGUUCGCGAUGAUCUCUCAUUCGGAGAUUGGAAAAACCUUGAGAAAACGUAUCUAAGACUGAAGUUGAAACAAAUAUCAGCAUUGAAUGAAGACAAUUACGUUUCAGUCGUCUAUGAGACACUUUGUAUAGCCAAAAAGUUGGGUAUAACGAAACCCUUCCUUAUUAUGAUACCCGAAGGAGUGGAUAAUUCAAUGGUUGCUGCUAGCUUGCAACAGUUCGGUAAUAUUGGAAAGAUCUCUUGUUUGUCAAGUGGUACAGUACACGAGGAGUCUCAUGUCAUAGCCCAUCCUUCUCAACUUUUGGGAAAUACAAUACCUUGUGUUUCUAAUAUCCUAGUUGUUGGAAUCGAGAGUUUACUCCCAGAGUUUGCAUUGGGAAAGAAGGCCACAUGUACCACUAAGGAUAACAUUCCUGGACUUGUUGAUCCCGUCUCUGAUCUCUCCAUCUUUUAUCUUUCGAGAUUGCUUAGCUCUCCGUCCUCAGUUCCUAAGAAUUUGAUUUUUGCAAUUAGCAACUGGAACUUGGAUCCACAAGACAUUCAAGUAACAAACGAUCUCAACAAACUCUCUCGCUCAAUGGCAUUCAAUGGUCUUCUAAAUCAUGUCCGCCUCAAGAAAACCUCAAGUAAUUAG